AUUAUUGAUCCUGCAGAAAUGAAUAGAUUUAAAUCACGGUUUAUGGAAAUAUCGCAACGUAAUCAGCAGAGAGAUAUUAUUAGAAGUUUUUGACAAGACGGAUUGUUAUAUAUUGAUUUUUAGGUGAACUAUUAUAAAAUCAUCUGUUCGCUAAAGUACUCACAUGGACUGCAGGCUGCUUUCAAACGGCAUGUGCAACAGUACGAUCACAGCAAGCGCUUUGCAAGCAGCAGAUCCCCAUAAGGUAGAUCCUCACCACACUGUCCGGGUGAUUUUUCCUGAUCAAUCUACAGAUGCCAUAAUUUACGUCACGGUAGUCAUCGUUUUCUACGCCGCCAUAAUCUUCAUUCUGGUCGGCACCAAUCUACACCGCUUUCGGAAUAAUGACAGCAGUCAGAGUAGCAGUCUGUCUGACGACGAGGAAGAAAGUUACGAGCUAGAAGAAAAGCGCCAUCUAGUGGUACAUAUCGAUAAAAAGGCUCGGGUUUAUCAAACGAUCACUCCGGAGAGCGAAAAAGUCGAUGUGUUAGCAGUGUGAUCUUGUGUCUCUUCUGUUGGGAACCUGCUACAAUACAAGGGCAUCUGUUAUUACCUAAAUAAAAAUUAUAUUACGAGGGUUAAAAUAUAAAUUUUCACUCACUUAGGAUAUUUUUUGAUAUCAACAUCGAGCCUCUGAUUUGUGGUAGUAAAACAAAAUGGAAAGAGAUGACAGGUUGUUAUGGUAAUGCGAUCACUUUACCUAGGGAUAAAUAUUUUAUAACACAAAGGCGAUUAGCGGACAGUUGUAUGUUUCAUCAAGGUAAA